UUGGUUCUAGAAAUAAUUUCGUGUUUAAAUUAAUUUGGAAGAAGUCUGAAAGACGAAAUCAUUGAUUAUUGAAUCAAUGGCGUCAGGCACAGUAUACAAUUUUCCAACGCUCUUUACUUGUUCCUCUUCCUCUGCACACAAAAACCCCCAACCUAAUCUCUCCCUCCGUUUCAACCCUCCUUCCAGGUCAAGAUUCUGUGUUGCUGCGAUUGUGCCACAAAAGCUUCCCUGUCGGCGUCGAGUACUUAGAGUUCAUGGUUUGCUUGGUGAUGAUUCUGUCACUUCCCCUUUACCAGAAUCAAACAAUUCUCAACCGGGCGCUAGUAUUGACUUAAAUCUUCCAAGACGAAGUUUACUUGUACAAUUUACAUGUGACUUGUGCGGUGAAAGAACAGAGAGGCUUGUAAACCGAUUAGCUUAUGAAAGGGGUGCCGUUUUUGUACAGUGUGCAGGCUGUCAACGACAUCACAAAUUAGUUGACAAUCUUGGACUCAUCACAGAGUAUGACUUUCGGGAGAAAACAAACACAGACCCAGAAAUUGAUCAAAUUUGACGUGUAAAUCAUAGCGCUUGAGAGACACUUUAUGCGGCAUUUCCUAAAUAUUUCUAUAAUUAAAAAAAAAAAUCAUCUCUAUUGAUGUUUCAGAGCAAAAACCAUGAUAAUUUUUUUUAGAAAGAAUUGUAAGUAUUGACAUUCAUUCAUUAUUCAGAUCUAUACACCUGGACUGAUUUUUUUUAUUUUUUAUUUUUUUAGUUAUAUAUUUUGCAAACCGAA